GGGUACAAAAGGCAGGCAUUGCAGCUCAUAAAACUCAGAAUCAUUUCAUCCUCAGAAGUGUUCAGACUUAAGAAAUACUUCUGAAGGUUAUCAUAACUACUACUUAAAAUGGAGUUCUGCUUUGGAUUACUUCAAACCCGAGGGUCUAAGUCCUCAUGGAUCAGCCUUACCUUUCUUUGUUCAAUGCUGUGCAUGUGGUCCAGUGUUGAGUGCUGGGAGUACUUCUACUCCGACAACACCAUGAAUUGGCAAGAUGCUCGAGCCUGGUGCAAGGAAAAUUACACAGAUAUGGUGGCCAUCCAGAACCAGCAGGAGAUCGUCCAUCUCAACCGCUGGCUGCCCUGGAAAAAAACAUACUACUGGAUCGGGAUCCGCAAAGUCAACACUGUCUGGACCUGGGUAGGAACCAACAAAGCUCUGACAAAAGAAGCAACCAACUGGGCAAAGGGAGAACCAAACAAUGGAAAGAGUAAGGGAUCGCAUGAAGACUGUGUGGAGAUGUACAUUCAGAGGACGCAAGAGACGGGCAAAUGGAAUGAUGAGAGGUGUGGGAAACUGAAGACCGCUCUGUGCUACGCAGCUGCCUGUAAGAGUGACUCCUGCCAGAAUGGAGAGUGUGUAGAAACCAUCAACAACCACAGUUGUGCUUGCUUUGAAGGCUUUUACGGAGACCAGUGUGAGCAUGUUGUCGAGUGUGACAAAAAGGAUGUGACCGUCCCAGAUAAAGGAAGUGUACAUUGCACUCACACAAAUGGAAACUUCACCUACGACUCUGAGUGCCAGUAUUCCUGUGAGGAAGGAUACCAGAUGAGCAUGUCCAGACCUCUGAGGUGCACUGCGUCCAAACAGUGGUCGGAGAAGCCUCCUACCUGUGAACUGGUUCAAUGUCAGCCGAUGUCGAAACCAGCAAGAGGAUCCAUGACGUGCUCCGAUCCUCUGGGCUUGUCCAGCUUCAGGUCCACAUGUGUGUUUACCUGUGAUGAAGGCUAUGAACUCGCUGGUACCCUUCAAAACACUCUGCAAUGUGAAGCAUCAGGAUUAUGGAAUGCCUCACAGCCGUUUUGUGUUGCGGUCCAGUGCCCUGAUCUCCAAGAGCUAGAUAACGGCCUUUUGAACUGUGGAGACGAUGCAGAUGUGAAGUUCAGCUACGGAAACACAUGCAGCUUCAGCUGUGCUCCGGGCUACCAGCUGGUGGGAGCCAGCAGGGUGACGUGCACGUCUGCAGCUGAGUGGAGUGAGAGGAUGCCUCGCUGUGAAGCCAUUACUUGCCAGAAGCCAGAAGAAGCUCACCUCAUCACAGAGUGCAGCCGACCGUUUAAUGACCUGCGUCCAGACUCCACCUGCAGCUUCAAGUGUGCAGCAGGCUUUGAGCUGCAGGGAGCACACAGCAGUCAGUGUUCUGAGGACGGACAGUGGAGUAAAGCCAUACCUGCCUGCAAAGCGAUAGGAUGUCCUGCUCCAGAGAUCCCAUCAAGGGCCCAGAUCAGCUGCAGUCCCUCUCUGUCUUCACCUGUUUCUACCGGGACCCCCCAUCCACUUGGUAUGGUCUGCAUAUUCAGCUGUGAUGAAGGCCAUGAGCUGCAAGGUGCACUCAGCAUGGAGUGUGCAAAUCCAGGCCAGUGGACCUCCGCACCACCAAACUGCACAGCGGUCCAGUGCCCUGAUCUCCAAGAGCUAGAUAACGGCCUUUUAAACUGUGGAGACGAUGCAAAUGUCAGGUUCAGCUAUGGAAACACAUGCAGCUUCAGCUGUGCUCCGGGCUACCAGCUGGUGGGUUCAAGCAGAGUGACGUGCACGUCUGCAGCUGAGUGGAGUGAGAGGAUGCCUCGCUGUGAAGCCAUUACUUGCCAGAAGCCAGAAGAAGCUCACCUCAUCACAGAGUGCAGCCGACCAUUUAAUGACCUGCGUCCAGACUCCACCUGCAGCUUCAAGUGUGCAGCAGGCUUUGAGCUGCAGGGAGCACACAGCAGUCAGUGUUCUGAGGACGGACAGUGGAGUAAAGCCAUACCUGCCUGCAAAGCGAUAGGAUGUCCUGCUCCAGAGAUCCCAUCAAGGGCCCAGAUCAGCUGCAGUCCCUCUCUGUCUUCACCUGUUUCUACCGGGACCCCCCAUCCACUUGGUAUGGUCUGCAUAUUCAGCUGUGAUGAAGGCCAUGAGCUGCAAGGUGCACUCAGCAUGGAGUGUGCAAAUCCAGGCCAGUGGACCUCCGCACCACCAAACUGCACAGCAGUGAGAUGCCCUCUGCUCGAGUCUCCUGAAAACGGUCACGUGAACUGUUCCAACAUUGAUCCAAUGUUCAACUCACAGUGCUCCUUCACCUGCAAUCAAGAUUACUCUUUAGACGGACAUGACCUGCUGACCUGUGACCGUAAUGGCAAUUGGACUGGAGAUAAACCAACUUGCAAAGCUCUCGAGUCUCAGCUUGCUGCCAUUGCCUCUGGUACCGCAACAGGGGCCGCUCUGGCAUUCAGUGGUCUGUCUUUGGCCAUAUGGAUCAUGAAGCGACUGAAGCAAAACGCCAACAAGUUUGAGCUGAGCAGCAACUCGGACAUAGAGCCCCCUCAUACAACCUACAGAAACAGCAUUGACAGCCUCAUAUAAAACACAUACAUAUAAGGACAAUCUCUAACAUAACAUAUGAGUGACCAGAAGUACUAAUGUGAGCAAUAUGUAUAAAAGCUUUAAAAGCUUUUUACGAUGAAAGGAAAUGUUUUUUUAGAUCUUUGCAUUUGAUUACUGUAUGUUAUUUCUUUAACGUCAUGGUUUCCCCCGUGAUGUUUGGACAUGUAUUUCCUCCCAAGGGGAGUUUCAUAUGGAACAAAUUGUUCUACGGCCUAGUGAUCACGCUAGAAAGCUUGCUCUUUUAAUCUCGCUGUAAAUGUUACGAAAGGUUGUCCCAUGUCCUUGGAGUACUGUGAAGGAUUUCAGUAUUUAUAAGCUAUUUAUUUACCAGAUUGUUAUGCAUUUAAGAUGCUUAUUCAUAUUACUGUAUAUUUAAUGCAGCGCUGUGUUUAUUCUUAAUAAAAUGUCAAACUAU